UCCCCGCCUUGCGGUGCAGUCCGUCCCUGGUCUGGGGUGCUAGGAAGCGCGAGUCGUCCUCUCCCCUUGCCGCCCCGGGGGUCGGUGUUUCCGGCAGUACCUGGGCCCGGUCAUCAGCCGUCCAUUCCGGGGCCGGAACUAUCAUACUAGAGCGCACGUUUCCUAGCCGGCGGAGUGAGGAGGAAGGAGAGACGAGACCGCGGUCACCGCUAGGAAAAGGAAAGGGGCGGGUCCUGCGCGAGGCAUUUUGGGAACGCGUGGUAUUCUGGGAGCGCGGGCCCCGCCAUUAGUUCCCCACACGCUUACGCGUUCGCCAGAGUCCCUGCCGCCCUAGAAAGGAAGAGGAGGCCGGAGCCGCCGCUGGUCCUCUCCUGCUUUCCACGCUGUUACAGAAGUUCUGUCAAGUUUCCCUGCUUCUAAACCGUGUUCGAUCCAUUUUGUUAACUCUCUUCCUGCCAAGAUGUCUAUUGGCGUGCCCAUUAAAGUCCUACACGAGGCUGAGGGUCACAUUGUGACAUGUGAGACAAAUACCGGUGAGGUGUAUCGUGGGAAGCUCAUUGAAGCGGAGGACAACAUGAACUGCCAGAUGUCCAACAUCACAGUCACAUACAGAGAUGGCCGAGUGGCACAACUGGAGCAGGUGUACAUCCGUGGCAGCAAGAUCCGCUUUCUGAUUUUGCCUGACAUGCUGAAAAACGCACCCAUGUUAAAGAGCAUGAAAAAUAAAAACCAAGGCUCAGGGGCCGGUCGGGGAAAAGCUGCUAUCCUGAAGGCCCAAGUGGCUGCAAGAGGAAGAGGACGUGGAAUGGGACGUGGGAACAUCUUCCAGAAGCGAAGAUAAAUUUAUCUAUUGAACAGAGCUUGCCUUUAUUAUUUUUUUUUAGGUUAUCUGGGUUCAGGGCUGGGGAGUGGGGGGUCGGGGUGGGUAUGUACUUGUGUAUGUGUGCUAGGUUUUCUUUUGACAUCUUUCUCUUUAGAUCAGAGGAAAUGUUAAACUAAAUAAAUAUGGUUGUUUUGGGUUGUG